AAUCAGUGGUUCCUCCCUGCUGUAAGGGGAGAUAUUCCUCCAGGCUGUGCAGCCCAUGGAUUUGUUUGUGAUGGUACCAGAAUACUAGUUUUUGGAGGAAUGGUUGAAUAUGGAAGAUACAGUAAUGACUUAUAUGAAUUGCAGGCAAGUCGAUGGCUCUGGAAAAAAGUAAAACCUCAAGCUCCUUCGACCGGUUCACCACCUUGUCCUCGACUUGGCCACAGCUUUUCUUUGUAUGGUAACAAGUGCUACUUAUUUGGUGGCCUGGCAAAUGAAAGUGAGGAUUCAAAUAAUAAUGUUCCCAGAUACUUAAAUGAUUUCUAUGAACUGGAGCUGCAACAUGGUUCUGGAGUUGUGGGCUGGAGCAUUCCAGUGACAAAAGGGAUCUUGCCAUCUCCCCGGGAAUCUCACACAGCCAUUGUAUACUGCAGGAAGGACGUGGGAAGUCCCAAGAUGUAUAUUUUUGGAGGGAUGUGUGGCUGUAGGCUUAAUGAUCUUUGGGAGCUUGACAUAGAAACCAUGACCUGGUCAAGACCAGAAACUAAGGGGACAGUCCCACUUCCUCGCAGUCUCCAUACGGCCAAUGUAAUAGGAAACAAAAUGUAUGUGUUUGGUGGAUGGGUUCCCCAGUCAGCAGGAGGUGAAAUUUCUUCUCAUGAUGGUGAAUGGAAAUGUACCGGUUCAUUUUCUUACCUAAAUUUGGAUACCACAGAAUGGAUAGGUCUGAUCUCAGAUUGCCAGGAGGACAAAAGUAACUUGUUACCAGGGCCAAGAGCAGGACACUGUGCUGUAGCUGUGGGCACUCGUCUGUAUAUCUGGAGUGGUAGAGAUGGUUACAGAAAAGCUUGGAACAAUCAAGUUUGCUGCAAAGAUCUUUGGUACCUUGAUACUGAGAAACCUCCAGCCCCUUCCCAGGUACAGCUGAUUAGAGCUACAACUAACUCUUUUCAAGUGAAAUGGGAUGAAGUACCUACAGUCGAAGGGUAUCUACUCCAGCUACAUUCUGACUCGCCGGUGCCACCAGCGUCUGGAACACCUGGUGCUGGGGUUCCUGAGGCAUCGCUGCUCACUUCACAAGGUGCCUCUUCUCUUCAUCAAAGUCCACAGUUGUUGACUAGCAUCCCUUAUCCAGAUAUGAAGGUGGAUCAUCCCAGCCAAACAAAUAAUGUCAUUCCUAAUAACGUCCAAGUUUCCCUUUCAUCCAACUCAUUAUUAAAAAUAGAAGGAAAAGAAAAGGUUGCAGCACCUGAGAACAAGAUUACCCAAGAGACUAUGAAAAGCCAUGCAGAUGCUACAGGAUUCAAAGAAUCAAAUGCCCCUUCUCUUUUGCCUGUUUGUACUUCAAGUCCUCAGACUUCAGCAAAUGUAGGUGAAUUACAUGACUUGGACAAACGAACUGUAAAUCCUGAUGCCUCUGUAUGCAGUACUGUCUCCAGCACACAAACUAUGGUAACCCAGCAGGCUGUUAAAACUGAAUCAUCAAGUACAAAUGGGGCAGUUGUUAAAGAUGAAACUUCACUAACAACAUUCAAUUCAAAAUCUGAAGCUGCUGGAGCUGCUUUUGUCACCCCUUCAACAAGAGUUAAUACUGGACAGACAAAUGAUACUCACUCUUCUAAAACUCCGCUAAGGCAGAUGUCAACGGUGAAAACAAGGGAUCGACAGUGGUAUGAUGUUGGAAUUUUUAAAAACAACACUGCAGUGGUGAGCCAGUUCUACCUGCUGCCAGAGGAAACCCUGAGCAUCUCUAACAAGAAGGAAAAGGCAGAUGUUCCAGACUAUAGAUUACUUAAGAAACAGGAUCUCUUCCCAGGCACAGUGUACAGGUUCAGAGUUGCUGCAAUUAAUGGUUGUGGUGUUGGCCCCUUCAGUAAAGUCAGUGAAUUCAAGACUUGCAUUCCUGGUUUUCCUGGAGCUCCUUCAACUGUCAAAAUCAGCAAGAGCGUAGACUGUAUUCAUCUUUCUUGGGAGCCUCCUGCUUCACCUUCUGGAAAUAUUUUAGAAUAUUCUGCUUAUUUAGCAAUCCGUUCCACACAGUUACAGGAAAAUCCAAAUCAGCUUGUGUUUAUGAGAAUAUACUGCGGUCUUAAAACCUCUUGCACAGUGACUGCUACCCAGCUCUCCAAUGCUCACGUUGAUUAUACGUCCCGGCCUGCUAUAGUGUUCAGGAUUUCUGCCAAGAACGAGAGAGGAUACGGACCGGCCACACAAGUCCGAUGGCUUCAAGAUAUGAAAACAUCAAGCUCCAAGUAGAAACAGCAGCAUAAGUUUCGAGUUUUGAAUGUAGUGUUUAAUGUAACUCUUGUACUAUUUGUAAAUGCUACAAAUAUUUUAUUUUUGCAUUGUUUUUUUAUCUUUAAAAUUAUAUAACCUUUUUUUACUUUUGAAACAUCAACGUUAUAUGGCCUUGCUCAGGUAUAACUACCAUAUAAUAGAGAAUUAAUUAUAUUAAAGUGGAUGGAGUGGAGGCCCAUACUCUAUCCAGUAGCCCUUUCUGAUAGUUUUAGUUAAAAUUUUCAU